AUGGCCUACCUUGCCAUAGCCGGAGUAUCUGUUGCCAUUUGGCUUGUUUAUCAAUGGGUACUCUUCAGAAUUGACGAAAGAAAGGUCCGACACAUUCCGACUGUGGGCCCUGACGGCUUCAUCUCUUCGUACAUAGCAGCCUGGAAGUUUGUGUUCAAAGGGAAGGAUCUUGUUCAAGAAGGAUAUGACAAGUACAAAGGGACGGCAUUCAAAAUACCAACGCUCAUGACUCCGAACCGAUGGCUUAUCGUCCUGACUGGCUCGAGCAUGAUUGAAGACGUUCGAAAAUGCUCAACCGAACGGGAGCUAUCAUUUAUGGAUGCUCUUUACGAGAUUCUACAGAAGAACUACGUGACAACCAGCCUCGCUGACAAGACCUGGGAGAAUACCUAUAAUACUGGAGUGAUUCGCGGCCCGAUGACUAGAGCCUUCCCAUCUCAGAUGGCUGACUUAAAGGAUGAAGUUGAGUCCUGUUUUAGGGAAAUGGUACCGAGGACGAAGGAAUGGACCCCAGUUCAAGCCCAAAAAACGAUGGUAUCCACCAUAUGCCGCACUACGAACCGCCUCUUCGUGGGCUUGCCGCUGUGUCGAGACCCUGAGUAUUGUCGAAUUCAAGAGUCGCUCACUAUCCAUAUGUUCACGGUCUCGAGCCUCUUGGGAUUAAUCCCAGAGUUCAUGCGAUCAUUUGUUGGCAGGAUCCUCAGCAAAUUCCCUUCGAAUCAUGCAAAGGUUACGAAAAUGGUGUACCCUCUGUUCAAUGAGAGGAUGGAGAUGGACGAGAAACACGGUCGUAAAUGGGAGGGAAGACCCAACGACAUGAUCUCAUGGCUCCUGGACGCUGUCCCUGAGGAAGGGGGCUUCAAGACCGUCGAAGACAUGACUAUGAGAAUCAUCUUCGCGAACAUGGGGGCCAUCCACACGACUUCGAUCACAGUAACCAACGCCUUGUUUGACCUAGCAGCCCGACCUGAGUAUGCGGCACCUCUUCGGGAGGAAAUCGAGGAGGCAGUCGAGGAGAUGGGCUGGUCUAAGGAAGCGAUGGAUCGGCUACACAAAUUGGAUAGCUUCUUGAAGGAGAGUACGAGACUCGCUGGUAUUGUCUGCUUCGGAAUGCAUCGAAAGGCGCGAAACGAUUAUACGUUUUCCAAUGGUGUAGUUGUCCCCAAAGGCUUUAGGACGGCGAUUGCUUCAGUUGCGACAUAUCUUGAUCCCGAUGUCUACGAGGACCCCGAUACCUUCGAUGGAUUCCGCUUUGUCAAGAACAAGGAAGGAUCGAACGGGGACUCUGCACGGGAUUAUCAGGGCAUGGUGUCACUUAACCCCAGCUAUCUGAUAUUCGGAGGCGGGCGGCCAGCUUGCCCGGGACGUUACCUCGCGGUCAACGAGGCCAAACUGGUACUGGCGCACGUGCUCCUCAAUUAUGACAUUAAGCUACCCAACGAUAGGACAACCCCUCCAGAACCUUUCUGGAUCGGAGAGAGUCGAGCAAUGGAUCCAAAAGCCGAGAUUCUCUUUAGAAGGAGGCAAUAG